AUGGGAGGUGGUGUUAGGUCAGUGCUUUCCUCUUCCUCUCCCAGUUCACAUCGACGAUCAUCAUGGAGUUCCAUGCAAUGAAAACUCUACUUCUAACCUUUGCAUUUGGUCUGUCUUUGCAUGUCAGUGCAGACCAACACGCACCUGUAGUCCAUACAAAACUCGGGAGCCUUAGAGGUGAGUAUGUGAGUGUGAAGGGGAAAGACAGUGGAAGCCACACCUUCCUGGGUGUACCUUUUGCAAAGCCACCUGUAGGACCUGCUCUGAGACUGGCUGCACCUCAGCCUGUGGAAGCAUGGGAAGGAGUGAGAGAAGCCACCCGGCAACCACUUAUGUGCAUUCAAAAUAAACAAAUUAGUACUGACUUGCUUUCAAAAUUCGGCUUGGAGGCAGAAAUCCCAGACGUUUCAGAAGACUGCCUUUACCUUAACAUUCAUACACCUGCAAACAGAGCACCUGAUGCCAGACUCCCAGUCAUGGUGUGGAUCCAUGGGGGAGGGUUCACUAUGGGAAGUGCCUCAUUGUUUGAUGGUUCUGCCCUGGCUGUUUAUCAGGAUGUGGUUGUGGUUGCAAUCCAGUAUCGCUUAGGACUUCUGGGUUUUCUCAGCACCGGAGAUGACAGCAUUUCUGGAAACUUUGGUCUGCUGGACCAGGUAGAAGCUUUGAAGUGGGUCCAGCAGCACAUUCACAACUUUGGUGGAAACCCAGAUCUAGUCACCAUAUUUGGGGAGUCUGCUGGUGGAGUCAGCGUGUCUCUCCUGCUUCUUUCACCACUAUCAAAAGGUUUGUUCCACCAUGCAAUUGCUGAAAGUGGCACAGCUGCAAUAGACAUGUUGGUGUCCAAUGAUCCUCUUCCAAGUGCAAAGAUGGUGGCAAAUAUUUCCGGCUGUAGCUUUGAAAGCACAGAGAGAUUUGGCAACUGCAUGAGAAGGCUUGACAUGGAUACUGUUGUGACUAUCGCAGAGGAUAUAAAUGUGAGAUAUACUAUAAAUGUUGAUGGACACUUCCUGAGAAAACCUGUGGAUGAGAUGUUCCGUAAUCACGAACUUAUCACUGUGCCAUUCAUGACUGGGAUUAACAGUGAUGAAGGUGGCUAUUUACUUGCUGAUUUCUUUGCUCCUCAAAACUGGACAGAGGGAAUGGAUCGGGAGACUGUGAAGAACAUACUGUCCAUCUUCUUCCCUGGUGCAGAUUUUCUAGAUUUGAUAUUGGAUGAAUACACUGGAAAUGGUGAAGAUAGAGUGAAAAACAGAAAAGGAUUUACUGACAUCCUUGGAGACAUUAUAUUCAAUAUUCCAGCCAUUAAAACAGCAAAUGCCCACAGAGAUGCAGGAGCCACUGUAUACUUUUAUGAGUACCGACAACCACCAUCUUUCUUGAAGGCAAUUAGACCAAGUUUUGUUGGAUGUGACCAUGGGGAUGAAAUCUUUUCAGUAUUUGGAUAUUGCUUCACAACUACUUAUGCCAAAAUAUCAGGUAACUGCCUUGAAGAGGACGAACAGAUGAAUAGGAUCAUGAUGGCAUACUGGGGGAACUUUGCUCAUACAGGGUCUCCUAGUGGGGGUGGCCUUGUGGAGUGGCCAAAGUAUGGAGCAGAAGAAGAAUAUCUGGAGAUCGAUACGAAGCAGGUGGUCCAUCAACACCUGAAGAAGGAGCGGUUUGUCUUCAUGACUCAGACACUGCCCAAGAAGAUGCAAGAGCAAGAGAAGACGGGGCACAGUGAAUUGUAGAACAAUCGACUCUCAUUAAAUCAACACCGUAAUCACUCAGUAGCAAACUACAAACUACAGUCACACAAACCAGGGGAAACUAAUCUGAUGAAUACCAGAUCUACUGCACAUCACAGGCCAACUGGAGCCAUUUGUUUGUCUGUAUCGACAAGUGAGGUUGUAAUGAUGAUGGCACACAUUAGCUUUAGAUACUCUUAGAUGGGGUUUUAGUAUAAAAUGUAAAUGUUUCGCAGCCAGAUAGAGAAACUUUUAUUAUUUUUGGAUUGUGCCAUAAGGAACUUCUGGGUCAGUUUUCAUUCAUGGGAUUCAAGCUACAUAGAACAAUAUAUAACCUAUGAUGUUUGGUACAUUUAAUUAGAGGAUAAACAGGGAAGCUAAGUUCAAUCAAUAAAAACUGUAUGUGUUGUAAUAAUUAAGUCUCCCCAUUGACCCAACUUCAGUAAAGUAAGAUUUACAAACUGAAAAAAAUAAAGUAAGAAAAAAAAAUAAAGGUGUGUUGUGGAACUUUUGGAGUGAAAUAUAUUGGGUGAUAUUCAUGUCAAUUUCGGUGAGACAGUCACAAUAAUAAUUAUAAUAAUAUUACUACUGAUGGGAUCUUUUUCUAGUCUAAUCAAAGCCUCAAAAUAUUUUUGCUCAGUUAUCUGAAUUCUGCUUAAGAAUGUCAUUGAUGAUCUUGCAUAGUACAGUGUGUGAAAUGUUUACAUCAUUUAACUCUGUUGACUGCAUCUGAGCCUGUGUACUCAUCCUUUGCUUUUCAAUACCCAUUGACUGAUGAAAAUCAGACUUUAUAUUGUGAUUAUUUUAUGAUCCAGUUUAAAUUCCUACAAUAAAGUUAUCAACAGUGAUGCAAUAAUGUGGUAGUGAUACUUGAUCACAUUUGUAGCAAUGCCUUAUGUACAAAUUAAAAUAAACACAUUCCACAAGAAAGUUCUGUUCAUUUUUUUUUUAUUUUUGUUUUUUACUUUUAAUUACUGAGAAGAGCGCUUAAGCUGAAAAGCUCCCUGAAGUCUGAUGUGAGCAGUUCAAUAGAUCAAACUUAGUGGUCUUCCAUAAAAUCAAGCCUAUGGCAUUAAAAGUAGUACAACACUUCUGAAGGCAAAUCAGUCUGAAAGCUGGAUACAGAGAACUUACUGAUAAAAGUUAAG